CUUUUACUGUUAAUCAAAUUUUGGGUUAGUGUUACUGAUAUGUCUGUCCGUAUACAACAUAAGCUGUUAUCAUUGCUCAAUUCGUCAAAUGAAAAUCUCAAUUUUAUACUUUUUACGACAUUCCAUAGCAAUUUUGGUUAUUGUUGCGAUUUUUUUCAAAGCAGGAAAAGGAUGGUCCAGUGAAAUGUGCUAUAUCCUAUAGCAUUAUAAAUGUACUAGUGGGGCAAUGGAUGUUGGCAGUUCAGAAGCAAUAUUAUAUGUCAUCAUGUGAUGGUUGAUUAAUGCACUGUCAUACGGGACAUUUCGCAUCGCCAUGCGUCACUUCAUAUCACACUGUGAUGGCAGAGUUAUGGUGGCAUCAUCACACUAUAAAGAGGAAAUAAAAGAGCAAAUGUCGAUGAAUGAUUUAUCAGCAAGAUAUGGAAAAUUGGAUGCAUUUGAAAUUGAAAAGAAAAUUGGUAAAGGACAGUUUUCGGAAGUGUAUAAGGCGCGAUGCAAGGAAGAUGGUAGCUAUGUUGCAUUGAAGAAAGUUCAGGUUUAUGAUAUGGUUGAUGCGAAGGCUCGACAAGAUUGUAUCAAAGAAAUUGAUCUUUUAAAGCAACUGAAUCAUGUUAAUGUUAUCCGAUACUAUGCUUCGUUUAUCGAAAACAAUCAGUUAAACAUUGUUCUAGAGCUAGCGGACGCAGGUGAUCUAAGUCGUAUGAUAAGGCAUUUCAAGAAAAAUAGGCGUCUUAUUCCUGAACGCACCAUUUGGAAAUACUUUGUACAAUUAGUGCGUGCACUGGAGCACAUGCAUUCGAAACGAAUCAUGCAUAGAGAUAUUAAGCCAGCCAACGUGUUCAUUACUGCGGAUGGUGCUGUCAAGCUUGGAGAUCUUGGCCUUGGCAGAUUUUUCAGUUCGAAAACUACAGCGGCACACUCUUUAGUUGGUACACCGUAUUAUAUGAGUCCCGAAAGAAUACAAGAGAAUGGGUAUAAUUUUAAAUCAGAUUUGUGGAGCAUUGGUUGCUUAUUAUAUGAGAUGGCUGCGUUACAAUCACCAUUUUAUGGUGAUAAGCUGAAUUUAUAUUCACUGUGCAAAAAGAUUGAAAAUUGCGAAUACCCACCUUUACCAGCUGAUAUUUAUUCACAACAGUUGCGUGAUUUAAUAUCUCGAUGCAUUUGUUCGGAUCCAAGUAAGCGUCCUGAUGUUGCUGAAGUACUUAAUAUUUCGGAACAGAUGAAUACGCAUUUUCAGUCAGCAGGAGCAAAAACCAUUAUAAGACCCCAUUAUCGGAACCGAAGUGAUGCUGACUCAAGUACAGAAACUGCCGUUGCUUUUAGUUCUUAGUGUAUGCACUUGAAAAACAAAUUGAAAUAGAUUGCUCUGUUGAUGCUUCUUUGUAGGUACUUAUUGACUCUUUUUUCGCAAACUAUAUAUUUUUCCAGUUCCUUUGUUCAAAAAUCUUUACUUGAUAUUCUCAUUUACAAAAAC